AUGGCUGUGAAGGAAAUCUACAAGAUGGAGGUCUGCAUGUUUUUCAGAGGCUUUGAGAAAAGUGGCCCUCACUGCAUCUCUGGGCCUGCUACCCCAGGUGGAGCAGAGGGGAGGACAGUCGUCAUGCCAGUGGCUAACGAAUUCGCCCCAGAUGUCGUGUUGGUUUCAUCUGGUUUUGAUGCCGUUGAAGGCCACCCCACACCUCUUGGAGGCUAUAACCUGUCAGCAAAGUGUUUCGGGUACCUGACGAAGCAGCUCAUGGGACUGGCCGGCGGACGCGUCGUCCUGGCCCUGGAGGGAGGCCAUGACCUGACGGCCAUUUGCGAUGCUUCGGAAGCAUGUGUUUCUGCUUUGCUGGGAAACGAGCUCGACCCUCUCCCGGACAAGGUCUUGCAACAAAGGUCAAACGUCAACGCCAUCCACUCUAUGGAAAAAGUUAUUGAAACCCACAGCAAGUACUGGCGUUCCCUGCAGCGCUUUUCCUCCACAGUGGGCUACUCCCUUCUUGAGGCUCAGAAAUGCGAGAACGAAGAGGCAGAGACCGUCACCGCCCUGGCCUCGCUGUCUGUGGGGGUCAAGCACGCCGAGAAGAGGUCAGACGAUGAGCCCAUGGAAGAGGAGCCCCCUCUGUAGCAUCCAGCUCGAAUCUGCUGGUCUCUGGUUUGUGCGUCUCUUGUCUUGAAGCUCUGCCAAGAAAAUUCCUCUUGUUCCUCCUGCGUCCUGUCAGGGUGUUCUCCCAGAAUACGCAAGGACAGCCAGGUGUGACGUAACAACAGGACUGGUCUUUCUGGAUACGGAAAACGAGUCUUUCUGCAUCUACAGAUCUCACGAUAUACAUAUAGAUAUAUAUCUACGUCCAUAGAUAUAUAGACACGCGCGCGCCCACACCCCCACCCGCAGACACCCACGGACCCGCCGGUGAGUGCCACACACGUGUGAGCCAGGCGAUCUUUCUCCACUCCAAAGUGGGAACCCGUGAGGAGAAAGCAGCCGGUGGCGGCCUUGGGUGGAUGGGCCACGUCGCGUGAAAACAGACAGCAGCAGCAGCCGCCAAGGAGACCCGAGUUUCAAAGCUCUAAUAAUACAGAAAACAAACUUCAUUAAAACUGGUGCUUAAGGUUUGAUUACCCACAAUUCCACAGUCUCCGUUGAAACCACUCGACUCAUCGUGUAGCUUGUUUGUUUGUUUUUUUAGAAAAAGAAAAGGAGAAAAAAGAAAAGGGGAGAAAGGGUUUAUGACUCUGGCCUGCCUGGGAGUCAGAAACAUAAUCUACAAACCCUGAUGAUGCUCGAGGGCGGGUUUUUAAUGGGGAGGGUGGGGGGCAAGGAGACUAACCUCUCUCUCUUUUUUAGUAGAACAAAAACAGAAAAAAUCAUGAGCACCCACCCUGGAGGAAUUGGCUUUAGCUUUUCAAAGCCGCCUGAAGAUGAGAGUUUGUGCCUUUUUUUCAAUUGAUCUGAUGGAUUUGGUGUGGCUGAUUUUUCAGAAGUUUGAAGGACAAUGCCUUAAGUUUAAAAGAAAAGAAAAAGCAGGACUCUGUGGAGUGACUUCCUCUGGCUGUCAGAGCCAAGAUCUGCCAGCGAGCCCAGAGCGAGCGAGAGAGUGAGGGAGUGGGAGCCUCCGGCCUGUGCUCACAUUAGGACUAAAGGCAGGCCGGCCUCCCUGCCUGCAACACCUCAGGAAUUCUCUCCUGAGUUGGGGGGCGGUCGGGUCAGGUCGGGUCGGUUCCGUUUGGUUCGGUUGGUUUUUUGUUUUUUUUUUUUUGUGGUUCUGUUUCAUUUCAUUGCUGUUUAAGACAAAUUAAGGGAGUUGCCCCCAAAGUGGCAAAUACUGUUGGGUGUUUUGAAGUCUGACAAAUUUAAAACAAUCCAAGGCGUUUUCUUUCCAGCAUUGAUUAUAUAUCAGUCAAACACAGCAAUUUGGUUGUUGACGCAUGUAAUAGACACACUUGCAGUUUUAAGAUUGGGGUUCUUUCCCCUGAGAGCAGACUAGCAUGAGGUAUUGCUUCAAAUGUAGGUAUAAAUAGAUAUAUAUAUAUAUAUAUGUAUGUAUAAUGUAUAUUCCAAAUGUACUCCAGGCUUAGAAACUUGAUUCUUAUGAAAUCUUGAUAAAAUAUUUAUAAUGCAUUUAUAGAAGAAAUAAAAAGGUAACUAUAAUAAAUGCAGAUUGUAAAAGCCACCUUUUAAAGGUCCCUAGCAAAUGGUUUCCUUGUGAAUUGGACCAGACCGGUGCUGAGGGAAAGAGAAAAUUGGAAAGGCUUCAGAUCGCCAGCACAUUAGCCACUGGGCAACUACCCUCAAUGUUUGCAUUUUAAUUUCAGGUUCUGUUUGUUACGUUGGGUUUCUUUUCUGCCGGGCCCUCUCUCCCCGCUUUUCACACACAUACACAGAUGAGUUUGGGGUUCUUUUUUUUGAGGGGGAGGUUUGGUAGCAAGAACUAGAGAACUCUGUUGUUGAUUUUUGUAUCAAUAUUUUCCAAUCCUGAAGAAACCUCAUUUGUGUGGAUUUUACAUUUGUUUUCCAUUGGGCAGUUUUCUGACUAGUAAUGAUGUCAAAAGGCCUUUCUUGCCUCGGUCCUUGCUUGUAUAUUUUUUUUAAACUUUUUAAAGUCUCGGUUUUUUUAUUAUUAUUUUGGGGUUUUUCUUGUUUUGUCUUUUGUACAGUCAGCAUCUUUCUGCCAGGCUGAGGAGACGUUACAGUUAGACUUUGUUUUCAGAAGUGGAGCAUUUAAUGCAAAGAGGGAUCCAUGGGUCUGGCCUGUGGAACGAUACCAGCCAAGGUCUCUUUCCUGUGUUCUGUUCUCCAAAGGACGCAAAGGAGCUGGGGUGUUUUGGACCUUCCACAUCGUAGCAUCGCGUGGGGGGCCUCCCCCCACUCUUGUUGGCAUGCGGCUUCACUGGAGGAGACUUGUCAACCUUGACAAAUAUCAUUUCUAAACUUCUUCCUUGAAACACCAUUGUUAAGAUAGAAUUUUAACUUUUGUUCUCCAAAGACCUUUGGGGAAAAAAAAAUGUUUUUGAGAAUGUUAAACGGGGGCGAGGAGUGUUUUUCCUGUUUUUUUUUCUUUCUGCCAUCUGGUUUCGACCCUCACUCUGAAGCACCAGAUGCUUAUUACUGGAGUAUGGGACUGCAGGAGACCGAUUGACACAUGUACUUUUUUUUUUUCAAAGUUUAUAGAAUAGUACAGUUCACUCCUCCGGACAACCCGUGUUUUCUCUUUCCUUUUUUUGGUGACAUUUGAAGUCACCAUUUUCAUUCCAAAAUUGAUUGAAUUCAGACUUGUGGAAAGAAUUUGAAACUGUGGGGGGGGGGGGGUUAGUCCCCUCUACGGAGAAGGGGCAGCCAAGGAAUUUUCUGAGCUUACUCUAGUUUACGCUUCAGCUUUUCUGAUCAACGCUAACGGCAUGGGAGGAUUUCUUCCUUUACCCUCAGCCGACUGAGAAGGGCAAGGUUUGGGUGCAGAAAGACCCAAGUGAGCUGGGCACCCCUUAACCUCUGCAGGUCUAAAACCUAAUUUGGCUCCUUGGGGUUGUUUGGACGAGGUUGGUUUUCUUUUGAAGUUUUAGGUGUUUUUGGUUGGGGAGGGGGGCCGAGAGGAGGAAGCAAUCAUUUUUUCUCCUCCAUCCUGGUGGCGUAGAAGUGGGCACGGGCACCCCCCAUUUUCCCCUCUCAGAGCUUUUUUCUGGAGCACAGCAUUCAGUGUCAGCAGCAGGGGGAGUGUUUUUCGGGGUUCCCUCUUCACUGCAGGCAGUUACUGGAGAGAAAAAAAGAGUUAUUUGUCAUUUUUACAAGAUGCUGGGGAUGACGGGGACCUUUCUGUGGCCCAGUUAUCAUUUCUGGACUUUGUGCUAUUUACUGCAUGUUGCAAAGACCCAUCGAGUUAAAUCCCCUUUGGUUUGUCAGCCUCCUCCGGCCCCGGGCAAUCUGCUUAAAGCAUCGACUGUUUCACUUUGGUUUUUGUCUUUGGCUGGGCAUGGCCCGCACUUGGUCUUUCUCUGGCGGGAUUGUGGGGCUCCUCUUCUCCCGGGCUGACCACAACUGCCGCUAGCCCAUGGAUGGAGCUUCUGUUAGCUCUCCAUUCUCAUGCCGACCCCAGGGGGGGUACUUUCUUCACCCCAUUUCUCACUUGCACCUUUGCCGAGGCUACUGGGGCAUUUUUCAAAUGCUGGUCCACAGGGUUGGUGAGUGAGCACUUUACUGGCCCCUGGGGAGAGGGGUGGGGGUCACCAUUGGCACUCCUGGAGCAGCUCAGGUGGCUUGAAGCCACUAUCCUCAUCUGUCCUUUUCAUAUCCCAACCCUGGAGCCCGAGCAUCUCUGACCAUCCAGGAUGUGCCUGAGCCCCACCAGCAGAAGCUCUGAGGUUGCUCCCCCAACCUGCAGCCCCCAGCGGGCUGGCCAGGGACCCCAUUGCUAUCCAGUUGGGGCUUGUCAGUGGCCACUCCCCCCACAUUGGUGUUUGGUGGGCCCUAGUUUGAAAGGGCCUCUUGUCAAAGCCGUUUUGUUUCUCCCAUUUCUUAACUUUGAUCUCUCUUACCUGUUUGGAGAAGGAGGACAGUGGUUUCUUUUUUUCAACGGUCUUAGACCCAGAAUCUGCAAGGGGCAGGUUUGCAGGACCCCACAGCCCCUGCUGGUGAGGUGCUGGGGUUGGGGGGGGAGUUGUUUUUCAGCUUUGUUUUUAUUUUCUAUAUAGAACAUUCCUUUGUAUUCGUCACAGUCAUGUAUUCAUUCCAUUCUGCUUUUUGUAAACUUUGGGGCCCACGUGUUUUAUGGGCAUUGAUAUAUAUAUAAAUAUAUAUAAAUAUAUAUGAAUAUAUUUUUUUAAGUUUCCUACACCUUGAGGUUGCAUGGUCUGUAAGGUUGGCAUGUCUUUCUAUUGUAUACAGAUUUUGCACGCCAAACUUGGCAGCUUUGGGGGAAAACAAAAACAAAAAACAAAAAAACCUGGUUUUUUCCCCCUCUCGUGGCAUUUGCAGAUUUUUAAAAAGGUGGGACAUUUUCUGUAAAGCAAAAUAUGGAAGGAGAGUGGGGAGGGGGGAAGUUUGCAUCUUACUGAACUUAUUCUGGAGAAUUUGUGCUUUUUAUUGUAAGAGAAAUAAAAGGACUGCUCAGACCUUUGUCAUUUUAAGGAAAAAGUUUAUCGAGCAAUUGUGACCUACCAGUCAUAGAGUUUAUUGUAUUUAUGUGGAAACAGUGUUCUGGAGAAACUCCGCCGCUGCCGCUGAGUGCAAAAUGGAAACUGCCUGGGUCUCUUCGAAGAUUUUUUGUUCCUGGGUUGGGGGGGAGGGGGAGAGACAUGGUUUUUGUUUGAGCUUUUUCGUUUCCCUUCUGGGGGUGAGUGAAUGUAACCCUUUCUCAAAGACUGUACUUUGGACAAAAAACCUGACGUGGAGCCUAAAGAGUUAGCUUCUCUGCGCCCCCUUCCCCACCCCACCCCCGCCCUUUUUUAAAGUGACUUUUAGAUGAAAUUAUCCAUCGAUCUCACGUUCUGAUAAACAGUCGUGGACUGUGUGAGCAACACUGUGGUUUAAAAAAUUAUUCUGUCGACUGCAUUGAAAGGAAACCCAAAGUUUCUUCAUUGUUCUGAAGCUAAGUCGUUCGGAGGCCGGCUUCCCUUUGUCUUUGAUGUUGAUUUAAAAAUAUCCUAUUGAAAGAAAAAGAAAUCUAACAAUUUUGCGUGUGUGCUCCAUAGUGGAGGCGAUAUUUUCCAUUUAUGGGGAUGACAAACUUAUAUAUAUAUAUAUAUAUAUAUAUAAAAGGGGGGUCGAAGCAUUAUUCGCCCGAGAGCUUAUUACAGAUGUAUGGUAUCCAAAGCUGUAACUAUAUAUAUUCUCCUCUCUACCUAUCCAUGCUCAGAAUGACGUCACCAUUGGUAGCAGCUCCCACUUUCUUCCGUCAUCCAGACGCAAUCUCCCUCUUACUUGUACGGCAUCUGCUCCCAGGAAGGGCAGCGGUGUUCUUUGUGCCGACCUCUGCCCGUGUCCCUCGCCUUUGCUCGGUGGACCCGGAGGUCUGUCUCUCUUCCUUUCUUUUUCUUUCUUUUAUUUGGUUUUUUCUUUUUCUUCGUCACUGUCGUUUCCUCAUUUUGUCCUGGUUCCUUUCCCCCCACUGGCCAAUGGUGUCUUUCUCUGACAGUACCGACUUCUAUUGGAGCUUUCUUAGGAGUCCAGUAUUUUGUACCACAUUAUGACAACUUGUUAUUCUUGUGGUGUAAAUAAAAAGAAAAAAAAUCUCA